AUGGAGGAGCUGGCAGAGCAUGGUGUUUUCUUGCCUUACAAUAUGCAAGGACUGACAGAUGAGCAAAUCGAAGAACUGAAGUUGAAGGAUGAGUGGGCAGAGAAGUGCGUACCAAGUGGUGGAAGUGUCUUCAAGAAGGAUGAAAUUGGGCGAAGAAAUGGACAUGCUCCAAAUGAAAAAAUGCAGCAAGUUAUAAAGAAGACAAUAGAGGAAGCCAAGGCAUUAAUCUCUAGGAAACAAGUUCAGGCCAAUGUGUGUGUUAAUAUGGAGAUGGUGAAAGAUGCAUUGGACCAGCUUCGAGGGGCUGUGAUGAUUGUGUAUCCAAUGGGAUUGCCUCCGCAUGAUCCAGUUAGGAUGGAGUUUGAAGAUAAAGAAGACUUGUCGGGAACUCAUGCUGGGCUUGAAGUUAUAGAAGAAUCCGAAGCACAAUUAUGGUGGGCAGGAAAGGAGUUGAAAGAAACAAAGUUGCUCUCUGACUAUGUAGGCAAAAAUGAGAAAACAACUAUCAUUGUCAAGAUACAGAAAAAAGGACAAGGAGCUCCAGGGCGUGAACCUCUGAUUAGUCAUGAAGAGCAAAAACAGAUGAUGCUGUAUUACUACAGAAAGCAGGAGGAACUUAAGAAACUAGAAGAGGAUGACGACGACUCAUUUCUAAAUGCUGAGUGGGCGGACAACCAUGCUUUGAAAAAGCAAUUUCAUGGUGUAAAAGACAUCAAAUGGGGGCCAAGAUGAAGCUCUGCAAUCGCCUUUUGGCCUCUUUAAGCUGUUUGGUUGAUAACACUUGCAAACCACUGUUAGCGACGAGGAGUGGUGUUGUGUGCGGUAGAUUCUGCUGACGAAAGCUGAAAUUGUCACUUCUGUAGCAGAUGCCUGUUACAGCCUUAGGUUUUCAGUGAAUCUUUACAUUUCUGUGUAACUGUAGCAGCACUUGUCUCUGCAAAGAACAGAAUCAAUCCUGUUGAAGUUGGUUAUUUUAUUAGAAACUUGUAAUAUGACUAUUGAAAUAUUAAACUAUUUCAUAGAUAAUAUAUCUAGUAAAUAUGCACUAGAA